AUGAUUGAGUUGCAUAGCUGUACUGCUGUCUCUUUAGUCGACGAUAAUAGUCACACAUUCCGUCUUAACGGAAGACCCCAUCCCUUAACUAAUCGAAUGAAGGAUGUUAUAAUUAUCUCUCAGUUACGCGCUGCGCAAAGGGGGACGUUUAACAGCUUCAAACAUUUGUGUAUUGAAAGUACCAAUAACUUUCCAACUGCAGCUGGUCUUGCCUCAUCCGCUUCGGGAUUUGCAUCUAUGGCAUUUGCCCUUUCAAAUCUCUAUCAGCUUGAUGUUGAUGCGGCUUCCCUUGCAAGGCGCGGCUCUGGUUCGGCAUGUCGAAGUAUGCUCGGGGGUAUUGUUCACUGGAAGGCUCCAACUUCAGAGUCAAAACUCAACUCGCCUUGCGUAGAACAACUCUUUCAACACGAUCACUGGUCCGAUCUUCGAAUUCUAAUAUGCGUUACGUCGUCACAACAGAAGCCUGUGUCGUCAAGUAUCGCAAUGCGUCGAACGACGGUCACAAGUUCUCUCUUUCAAGAAGCCCGUGGCAAGGUGGUUAAGGAGCGUGUUCCACAAUUUAUUCGCGCCUUUCAGUGUCGUGAUUUCGAAUUGCUAGCUGAGUUAACUAUGCGUGAGAGCAAUGAACUCCAUGCUGUUUGUCUGGAUUCUUAUCCUCCAGUGGUCUAUCUCAAUGCCACAUCCUUCGCCAUUAUGGAAUUCGUACACACUUUGAAUAGUAACGCGGGUAGGAAUAUGGCAGCCUAUACAUUUGACGCUGGACCGAAUGCCUUCAUAUUAACUACAGCCAAUGAUGCAUCAGUUGUACUGGCCCUUCUCUCGAAAUGCUUUGGAAAUUCCUCAUAUAGUCCUGAAGGUGAUAAUGAAUUGGAGGUCAAAAAACAGCGAAUGGAGGUGCCAGAAAAUGGACACAUUGAAGUUCGUGGGAUUUCCUACUCUGAGAAAAUAGAUCUAAUGAAUUACAAGGAGUUGCUUGAAAAAUUGCCGAAACAGCCCGGAGCCAUAAAGUAUGUCAUCAGUACGGAGGUACGUCACAAAAUUAUUGCAAUGUAA